AUGUCGGACGAUUAUCCACGUUUCGACCUGGCUCACCCGGAGCUGCUAGAAGCUUUCAUACGCGACCUGAAGCUGCAUUUCGAUGCCAAAGGCGUAAUAACUGAUACGCAGAAGAGAGGCAUCCUCUACAAGGCUAUUUGCGUCGAAACCAGGCGAUACCUGGGGGAGUGGCUUCAUCCAAGCACGAUAGAGCGGGAGACUUUCGCUGCUAUCGUGGAGGCACUUCAAGGGAACAUCAAGCCUACAAUCAACCAGGGAGUGUUGUUCAAUGAGUUUGUUUGUCGAUUCCAAAAGGAGGGAGAGUCUGGAGGCCAGUAUGCUGCUGCUCUUCGUUCGAUGGUGGAGGGCCUCGCCUUGGGCUGGCAUGCAGACCGCAUAGCGCUCUUUCAGCUCAAGAGGGGCUUGCGGGAUUCAUCUCUGCAAAGGCGUCUCUAUAGGGAGCAGGAAUGCACCCUUCAAGAAGCCAAGAUCAUAGUGAACUCAUCUGAAGUUAGCAAGCGCUGCAUUCAAUUUGUCAACACGCUCACCGCCGAAGUCCACGCUGUCAACUUCAACAACAAACCGCGGGACAACGGUGGUCGAGGCAGUGGCGGCGGAAAGAAGAAACCGAAUGCAACUGGAAACUUGACUUGUUUUCGUUGUGGGGAGGCAGGUCACUCUGUAAGAAGAUGUGGUUUAGGUUACAACAAGUGUAAAUGUGCUGGCUGCGGGAAGGUUGGCCAUUUAGAAAAGGCUUGUCGCUCGAAGAAGUCAAAUAACUCUGCUCUUACUAAUUAUUUGUCUGCACAGCCGCCUCAGUCCUCCCAGCCCAGCACUUCUAAUGUAGUUGUACCUCCUGCCUGCAGACCCUUCAAUCCUUUUGCUGAGCUGUUUCAGAUCCAGUCUCAUCAAAUGUAUGAUCCGGAAGAUGACCCUGUCUACCUUACCUUGUUGGUCAACGGGAGACCCAUCACCAUGCAAUUUGAUGAUGGGGCCCAGAAGACCGUCAUCGCAGAGGCCACCUUCCGCCAGCAUUUUGGAACUGCUAUGGACACCAAGAUGUCUCCAGUAGAGCUGUUCGCCUGGGGUUGUGACACUCCACAUGCAACUGGAUCAAUGGUUGAGGUAUCAGUCACCUUCGGGGGUAAGACUUUUAAGUUACCUCUGUUAAUCAGUCCUGUUGAUCCUAAGCGCUCGCCAACUCUACUUGGGAGAAACUGGAUCCGGGCCUUCUGGGGAAGGAACUUCCUUCGUGAAGCUCUUCAAAUUGAGAAGUACUCCAUCAAUGCAGUCGAAGUUCAAGCUGCCAGGGUGGUGGCUCCUCCAAGACCUCAACAACUCUCUCCUGUCAACAUUGGCGCUUGGGCAUCAAAGUUUCCGUGUGCUACAGGUACUGGUACAGGAAGGUACAAUGGCCCUCCGGUACAUCUUCAUCUCAAACCAGGGUCAAAGCCUAAGUACCAACCUGCCCGCUCUAUACCUUUUCCCUUGACCACCAAGUACAAUGAGGCAGUGGAUCGCAACAUCAGCGCUUCAGUCUGGAUCCCAACUGAAGUCUCAGCUUGGGCUAGCGGGCUUGUUCCCGUUCAGAAGAGGAAUGGAGAGUUGAGGCUGUGUGCCGAUUAUAAAAGUACUCUGAAUCCAGCAUUGCAUAAUGAUUCUUACUGUUCCCCAACGGUUUCAGAGGUUCUAGCUGCUGCUUCAGGUGCCAAGAUAUUCGGAGAAUUAGACUGCAAGGAGGCUUAUCUUCAGAUACCUGUGGACGAAGAAAGUUCUAUGCUGAUGGUAGUCAAUUCCAAACGAGGCCUCUUCCGCCCCACCACCCUCCAGUUUGGCGUCAAGACAGCGCCAGCUAUCUUCCAGCGUAUCAUGGAUGGUCUUUUGGGUAAGCUGGAGGGCGUGGUGGCAUACCAGGACAAUGUCUAUAUCUUUGCAUCAAGUUUUCCUCAAUAUGUGUCUCGCCUUGAAAAUGCUCUUCUGGUUCUGAGUCAAGCUGGUUUGAGGUUAAACACUGAGAAGUGUACCUUCAUUACCGAUUCUUUGGAGAUCUUAGGAUUCCUCGUGGACGCCAAGGGCAUUCAUCCAACUCAAGAGAAGUGUCAAGCCAUUUUGGACGCCCCCGUACCAGCUGACGAGAAAGCCUUACAAUCUCUGUUAGGAAUAAUAUCCUUCUACAGUAGAUUCUUCAAGGGGAAGGCCACCAUAUUGGAACCCUUACACCGCCUUCUGGAUAAAGGCGCUUCGUUUCAAUGGGGCAAACCCCACGAAGAGGCGUUACUGGCAGUCAAGGCGCAGCUAACCUCAAAGGCAGUCUUGGUCCACUACAGUUUGAAGAUCCCUCUAGUUUUAGCUGUGGAUGCCUCCCCUGUCGGGGUAGGUGCAGUAUUGAGCCACUGUACGAAGAAUUCCCAAGGUGUAGAAGAACAUGCUCCAAUCUGUUUUGCAUCUCGGACCCGUUCCAAAGUAGAACGAAACUACUCUCAGCUGGACCGGGAAGCAUUGGCAAUUAUAUUUGGAGUGUCCAAGUUUCAUCAGUAUGUUUUUGGUCGUUCUUUUCAGAUCCUGACUGACCACAAACCGCUGUUGCCACUGUUGGGAGCUGAGGCUCAGAUUCCAGAGCAUCUUUCUCCUCGUAUGAUCAGGUGGGCGCUGAAACUUAGUGCUUAUGAUUAUGUUCUACUGCACAGGCCAGGCAGCAAGAUGGGGAACGCGGAUUAUCUCAGCCGAUGCCCUUUGCCUUGUGAGGAUGCUGAGAUGGAGCCUGUGGGCAUUUUCCUCCUGGAGGCUCGGAGUUGGUCACCCAUUGGCGCAAAGGACAUUGCUAACGCCACCUCCGCCGACCCCCUUCUGAAACAGGUAACACAUUGGGUGAAGUUUGGUUGGCCUCAAUCUGUUCCAGAAGAAGCGAAACCCUAUUACCAGAAGAGGGAUGAGCUAUCUAUGAUGAAGGGCUGUCUCCUCCGAGGCUCUUGUGCUGUUGUGCCACCUGCUCUGCAAGACAUCGCUUUGAGGCUGGCGCACUCCCUUCACUUUGGGAUUGCCCACACCAAGGCAAUGGCUAGGUCCCUGAUCUGGUGGCCAGGGAUGUCCCGGGAGCUGGAGAAGGAGGUCACGGCGUGCGAGGAAUGCCAGAAGAACGCCAGUGCUCCUCCAAAAUCUUCGUCAACUUGUUGGCCAGCUGCUCGUGAAGUUUGGGAAAGAGUCCACCUUGACUAUGCUGGCCCUGUCGAGGGACACUACCUUCUGAUUGGAAUUGAUGCUCACAGCAAAUGGCCCGUUGUAAAGGUGGUAAAUAAUCUAACUGCUGCUACGUUGAUCACUCAUGUAAGAUACAUCUUUUCAGAUUUUGGUAUACCCUGUACUAUUGUGAACGACAACGGUGCUCAAUUGGUAUCCAAGGAGUUUGAGCAGUUCCUUCUACACAACAACGUUCGCCACGUCAUGUCUCCACCUUGGCAUCCAGCGUCCAACGGGUUGGCGGAAAGGGCUGUCCGGUCUGUGAAGGAGCUCCUGAGGAAGUUCACCGAAGGGGAUUUCCACGCCAGGCUGGCUAGGGUGCUCCACUCUAUGAGGAAUCGUCCUUCGUCAGCCAAUGGCGUUUCUCCAGCCGAAGUGAUGUUCUCAAAUCGGCCUUCAAGGUCUCCUCUCCGGCGCCUUCACCCGGACAGCUGGCCAACUCUUACUUCGACAGAACCUCCUCUCCAACCAGGCACUCUGGUCUGGGCACUAAAAAGGGUAAGAGGUUCCACUUCCUGGGAGGCUGGGUUUCUUAAGGAGGCUUUAGGUUGCAGGGUCUACGUGGUGCAACUCAAUGACGGCUCCAUCUUGAGGGUCUCGGUGGACGAGGUGCGCAGGAGGCUGACGAAGGAGGACGAUGAGAGCGGCCGCCCACCCAUUCCGACUUCAGAGCCAGAGGGGCUGCCUACCGGCACGGAGUUACCAUCUCGGCAGCCUGUGGUUCCACCAACUACGCCGGUGGUGACACCUGAGACACCGGUGCAGGAGCAGCCCAAGACUCCCCCGCCCACUACAGCGGAUCAGGAGCAGCCCAGGACUCUCGAUGAGGUCGUGGACUUCAUUCCGGAUCAGCAGUUCCUUGCCAACGCUGAUAAAUCUCCAGAAGAGUCUGAGGACGAUCAGCAUGAGACGGCUUCUGUGGAUUCUCAUGAGACCGGGACCCCUCCUCCUGUCCUAUCUCCUCAAGGUACAGUCCUACACGACUCUAUUCAAGGAAGCCCGUCCAAGGACACUGAGUCUCCACGAGGACGUGGGCGAGGCCGCCGGGCACCAGGACGCCCUCCAGGAUCAAAGAACGUCACCAAGACAGGUCGUCAGCCUUUGGUCACACGCUCCGGCCGUAUUUCUCAGGCCCCAACACAUUGGGACCCUUGGUCAUAA